AUGCUCAGCGUAGCUCUUCGCAUCGCACAAGCACUUUCGCUGCACAUGACCGAUCCCCCAUUUCCAGUCACGCCGUUUGAACGCGAGAUGCGUCGCCGCUUGUGGCAUGUAAUCGGCUGGUUGGACCUGGAGGCAUCGCUGAACCGCGGAUCGGAAAGCAUGAUGCGGUCUGCCUGGAUUCAGACACACUCGCUCACCAACAUCAAUGAUGACGACUUUGGAUGCGACUCGGAGGAUCCCUUACCCGCUGCGCAACGCGGGCCAACGGAGGCGACCCUUCUGAUCCUGUUUGCGCAUGGCCAAUGCGCUCUACGGGCCUUGGAUUUAUCCCACUUUGCUGAACCAGGCAUCACCGACAUCCAGGAGCGACAGCAGACGGUGGACCACUUCCGUCGUACCACGAAGGAGCUGCUGGCUGGCUGUGACCCCGAAAAUGUUCCUUUCCAUUGGUUCUCUAUCCAGAUACAGGAGCAGAUAUCGGCUGUCCUGCAACUUAUCGCCCUCCGCCCACUCCAGAGGAGUCCGACCUUUGUCCCUGCAGAGCUACCGGCGCCUCAAAUGCUCGCUCUCGCAGCCGACAUUCUAGAGCGACGUCAGAGAAUUUUCAACGAUCCGCGAGGACAACCCUGGCGCUGGUUCGGGCUGUUAUUCUUUCCCUGGCAUGCGCUGGUGGUCGCCAUGACCGAGGUCUGCGUCUGUACGGACCGAUUGGUGAUGGACAGAUACUGGCCUACGGUGGAGCGCAGCUAUGACCUCUUUCAGAAGCAGGCGGUUGGGACACACUAUGACUGGCUUUCGGCGUCAAUGGACAGUCUGAUGAACAACGCGCGAGCUGCGCGACAAAAGGUGGUUGACUCCGACGCGCCAGGGCUUCAAGCGCCCGAUUCCCACCUCUAUAUGGACAUGGCGUCUCUCGAGCGCCCCCUACUGCCGGAGUCUCUGCCACCUGUGCCUGACGCGGCUUUAGCCCCGGAGGGGCUCACGCUACUACCGGACCAGGAGAUCAGCGCCUGGGCGCAGUAUGGGGAGUUCACCGACCGCUUUGAUGAGCUGCAUGCAAUAUUUAACAGUGGGCUAACCUGGCGUUGA